UCAGACUUGCCCAAUCCCACUCGCCUCCUGCGCAUCCUCCUCCAUCGCACACUAUCCUCCUACGUGGCUGACUUCCAACUCAGGUUCUUCUCCCUCCGGCUCGGCGUAAUAAUUCUCCUCCGACGCGGAGACCUCAUGCGCAGCCUCUCCUCCGGCUGGACGUCAUCCGAACUUCAGGCGUGUAAUCAUCAAGGUCUGUUUAAUGAGAUCCAAUGCUGAAUAAUAUGGCUAUAGAAAUCUAUGGCUCCAAAAUAUGAAUAGAAAUCCGUUUGGUCAAAGAGGGGAGGACAUAGGAAUGGAUCUCUAACUAGUGGAAUCUCCAGUUUCUGUGAAUGGCUCCUCCCGAAAAAUCUGAAAAAGAUGGAAAGAAAUUGAAGAUAAGAAAGAUAAAGAACGGCAAGAUAAUAAGCUCAGUCCAUGUGGACAACAAAGCUGUAGAUUCGGAGUGGUGGGAUACUUUCUGGCUCAAGAACUCUUCAUCCCCAGGUCUAAACAUACAGCCAGAUGAGGAAGAAGGAUUCAAAUAUUUCUUUCGUGUUUCAAAAAAGACUUUCGAAUACAUAUGCUCACUUGUAAGAGAGGAUCUAAUCUCAAGGCCUCCUUCAGGCCUGAUUAAUAUAGAAGGAAGGCUCCUUAGUGUUGAGAAGCAGGUUGCAAUAGCCUUAAGAAGAUUGGCAUCUGGCGAAUCACAGGUUUCAGUCGGUGCCUCAUUUGGAGUAGGGCAGUCGACUGUUUCUCAGGUGACCUGGAGGUUCAUUGAGGCGCUGGAAGAGCGUGCCAAGCACCACCUUAAGUGGCCCCACCCUAAUAAGGUGGAGAAAAUAAAGUCAGAAUUCCAAAGAUCCUUUGGAUUGCCUAAUUGUUGUGGUGCAAUCGACACAACCCACAUUGUGAUGACCCUUCCUGCCGUUCAAACUUCAGAUGAUUGGUGUGAUCAAGAGAACAAUUACAGCAUGCUCCUGCAAGGGAUUGUAGACGAUGAAAUGAGAUUUCUAGAUAUUGUGACUGGAUGGCCAGGGGGAAUGUCUGCUUCCAGACUGUUGAAGUUUUCUGGGUUUUAUAAAAUGUGCCAAUCCGGAGACCGUUUAAAUGGAAGUGCCAAGAUAACAAAUGAAGGACUAGAGAUUAGGGAGUACAUAGUUGGUGACUUUGGUUAUCCUCUCCUUCCAUGGCUCAUUACUCCUUAUGAAGGUGACGAACUCUCGGCUAGGAUGAUGGAUUUCAGUGUGGCACAUGAGACUGCAAGGUCACUUGCAGCAAGGGCAUUCACGCAAUUGAAGGGCGGGUGGAGAAUCCUUAGUAAGGUCAUGUGGAGACCUGAUAAGCGGAAGCUGCCUAGUAUUAUCUUGGUCUGCUGUCUGCUUCAUAAUAUUAUGAUUGAUUGUGGGGAUCAGUUGCACCAAGAUGAUGCUGCCUUGGCUCGGCAUCACGAUUCUGGCUAUUUGAGACACAACUGCAAGCAGAUCGAUCCCAUAGGGAGAACUAUGCAAGACAACUUAGCUAAGCAUUUGUUUGAUGCAAAGCGUUGUUCUUCUUCUUCUUGAUGAGUGUCUAACCGUAAUGUCUGGAUGCAAUAACUAAUGCUCUGCUUCUUGAUCGAAUAUGUACAAUGUGUAAUAUUUGUGUUGACUUUGGCUUCGUUUUUCAGUUUUUUUUCUACCUAUUAUUUAUUUCUUACUGGAACCAAUU